AGCGCGACGGCAUUGUCGGUCUGGUCCCCGCUCGAGACGGGGCAGCGGCUCAGAAGGUCCCUUCCGUGAAGGCGAGUGCCGGGCAAACAGAGAGGCAAACAAUCCCCGAGUCUCUGAGGCUCAGAUCUCACUACACCGGUCUCCACCACCCUCCCUCUCAUUUCACCCGUAUCCAGCACAAGAACUGGGAGGUAAGAGCCGAGCGCCGAGCUCCCAGAGCGGAACCUCAGCGCGGCUGCGCAGAGCACGUGCGCAUCCUCGAUGGACUCCCGGCGAUUGGCUGUGACGCAACUUCCGGUGUGAGCGGCGAAAGCCGGGAGGGUGAGCGAGAGAGGGAGCAGGCAGCAGGGACAGGCAGCAGGCGGGCUGGCUGACCGACGGCACGAAGGGAGGGAGCAAGUGAUCAGUGAGUGACCCAGCGAGGGAGGCCGCGUCCUGAAAGCAGCCGAGAUUCCCCCUUCCCUCUGACCCCCUCCCCGGAGCCCACAGCGCCUCCGGUCUCCAGCGGAGCGGACACGGCCCGGCCCGGCCAUGGCCUCGUUGCUGAAGGUGGAUCAGGAAGUGAAGCUCAAGGUUGAUUCUUUCAGGGAGCGGAUCACAAGUGAGGCAGAAGACUUGGUGGCAAAUUUUUUCCCAAAGAAGUUGUUAGAACUUGAUAGUUUUUUGAAGGAACCAAUCCUAAACAUCCAUGACCUAACUCAGAUCCACUCAGACAUGAAUCUCCCAGUCCCUGACCCCAUUCUUCUCACCAACAGCCAUGAUGGACUGGAUGGUCCCACUUACAAGAAGAGAAGAUUGGAUGAAUGUGAAGAGGCCUUCCAGGGAACCAAGGUGUUUGUGAUGCCCAAUGGGAUGCUAAAAAGCAACCAGCAGCUGGUGGACAUUAUUGAGAAAGUGAAGCCUGAGAUCCGGCUGCUGAUUGAGAAAUGCAACACGGUCAAAAUGUGGGUACAACUCCUGAUUCCUAGGAUAGAAGAUGGGAACAACUUUGGCGUGUCCAUUCAGGAGGAGACAGUUGCAGAACUGAGAACUGUUGAGAGUGAAGCUGCAUCUUAUCUGGACCAGAUUUCUAGAUAUUAUAUUACAAGAGCCAAAUUGGUUUCUAAAAUAGCUAAAUAUCCCCAUGUGGAGGACUAUCGUCGCACCGUGACAGAGAUCGAUGAGAAAGAAUAUAUCAGCCUUCGGCUCAUCAUCUCAGAGCUAAGGAAUCAAUAUGUCACUCUACAUGACAUGAUCCUGAAAAAUAUUGAGAAGAUCAAACGACCCCGGAGCAGCAAUGCAGAGACACUGUACUGAGGCCGGGGCCAGGGUCAGGGGACUCUGUGAGUCUGGCUCAAGACCGACAUUGCCUUGGUUUGUUACAUGACUAUCGUGAUGGGGAAACUGGCUGGAAAUAGUAAUCACACCUCUCUCUGUUUUUAGUUAGAGUCUAAUGAAACUCUCAUGUAGUUCUGUGA